GACCCGUGGACGAAUAGUUGACUAGUACUCUUUUUCCUGUCCAAUAGUCGUAGUCGGCUAUUCGUGGGGGUCGGCUUUAAAUACGGCUGUGUAGAACUGCAGUGCUACCCAACUUGCAUACUCAGCCUCCUAUUUCAUGGGCAAGGCGAGAUCAGUUCAACUAAGCACAUCAGUUAUUAAGAAGCAUGCACUUUCCGAGUAUGGAAUCUUCGUUGAGCUUCAUAUCCUUUGUGACUACUUUAAAUACCUUUUCGUUUCUUAACACUCUCAUCUGUCCUUGACAUUCUCUCAGAUAGCACAAGUUUCAACAACAUAUUCUUACUUAAAACAAUGAAUUCAUCUGUUACACGUCCAUCACUGGACAAUGCUCAAAUUGCCAACAUAGCAGCAUGUAGUGUGGUAUAUGGACUGGCCAUUUUCUGUACUGCAAUCUCGAUAUAUAACAAGGCUCGCAGAAAGGUACUUUAUGUUAUCGAUGAUGGACUUAUGAUUCUUGCCGUAAUUUCGUUGACUGGAGAACUUGCAGGAUAUCUUUACAGUAUCAAGCUCGGGUUUGGAAAACAUAUGGCAACUCUUAGUGUGAACUCCAUCGCUACUAUCUACAAAGUCUUCUAUGUCUUGGAAAUUCUUUAUUUGUUCACCGUUGUUGCCGUGAAAAUUUCCCUUUCGGUGAUGAUCUACCGUAUAUUUCACGUGGACCGCUCGAUCAAGAUAAUAUCUAUAAUCUUGAUUGUUUUGACCGUGUGCUAUUUAGUCGUUGCCCUCGGGGUAACCAUCUUCCAAUGCAUUCCUGUUGAUAAAGCGUGGAGUUAUCCACCUUCGAGCACAUCAGGAUCUUGCAUGAAUCUUAAAGCUAUCUAUCUUGGUAUUGCUAUACCAAAUAUUGGAACGGAUUUCAUUUUAACUCUUCUACCAAUUUACUGCGUCGUGGGACUUUGCAUGAAGACUGGAGCAAAACUUAGAAUUUGCCUGAUGUUUUCCGUGGGAAGCAUUGUUACUAUUAGUUCUAUACUGCGUCUCUGGGCACUCCUAGACUUAUACUAUAACCCCCAAGAUUUCACAUACAUUGGACCUCGCCCACAACUGUGGAGUUUUAUUGAGACAGGAAUGGGUAUUGCGAUAUCGACCGGAUCUCCACUCAUAAUGCAGCUUGGAGGUCGAUUAAAAAACUUCCAGAAAUCAUCACUGGGCCGACGCAUGAAUUUUACUAGCAACAGAACAGCACGCGAAGAGACAAAAUUAAGACGACCCGAAGCAAUUAUUUUACCAGUGAUGGCAAAGUCUCGCAAAUUGGACCAAUACAAUACUGAAAACUGAGACCAAAAAUUAUGGCCAAUAAAACUUUAUAUGUCCGGAAGUUUAACAUAUAGGAGUGCAAUAGAAGCAUGGGUGUAGAGGGAAGUGCGAGGAGAAUACACUAGAACCGUGGUACUGAGUUUGAAGACUUGAUAGGAUUAAUACCCUACGGGAACAAAGAAUCGUAACGAGACGGAAGUUUUGAGAGUGGCAGGCAAACCAGUGAAUUUUCCUUUACAGGAGGUAUAAGAUUGUGGGCACAGUCUAAUCAAGUAGUUGCACAUACAAAGAUUCCAUGAUGUAUCUCAUUUAAGGGAUGUUUUUAAUAUGCUAUGUAGGUCUUUAAGUUAGCUGCAAAUUUUGUAUUUCCAGUUACUAAUUUUCAUCUACUCUCCGCUUUAAAGAUGCCAUAAACUCGGCGAUGGAAUGAAUGAAGUCAACGUCAGCAUACACAUAACACACCAGCACUCUUGGGUGAACACGAGUCAGAAGUCCAUAGGUAAAAUCAAUGAGCUUUGUUUUCA